UUGAGUAGAGUUUUCUAUCGUACAGAACUCAGGAAUCGGUAGCGGUAAUUCUCUUCCAAUACUAAGUGGAAUAUAUGCCAAAGCCGGAAUAGAAGCUGUGAGUAAAGAACGAGAAAGAAACUAUGAAAACGUGCAAGUUUGAAACCGACCGCUUCAAAACAGAAGUCCGUAGAUUUCGCAAAGGAAAAGAGCGGGAGAGUGUCGGUUCGGCGUACAAAGGUUCGACCUUAUAUACCCUGAAGUGAAGUACAUAUGCCGAUCGAAACGUCGAAGGCCUGCCAGAAGAUAUUAUUCCACGUUCAAAACAAUACAUCAAUGAAUGAGUGCGUUUCGAAUGAGUCAGGAAUGGUAUUAGAAGAACCGGGAAGUAGCAUCGUUCCAUCCGAUGAAUCCACGAAGUCGAAGCAGGACUGUCCCAAAGAUAUGGACAUCGGCGAUGUUAGCGGUUACUUGUCGGCUAUCAAGCUCGAUCUCCAGCCAGAUGGAACCAACAAGACAUCGACUAUCCACGACCCCCCACGGUGGGGUGACCCCACGGGACAUCGGGGAGCCCACCGGGACUGCUGUUUGACUGGUCAACAAGAAGUGUCCGUUGGACGUGAACAAGGCGAUCGUUACCACGACCUUUGAACAGGUGUCGCACUGCAAACCAUCUGAUGUCGAUUUCGACAAUCCGUAUCCCGAGCUUGACUAGGAGCCAGCCAGCGCAUCGACUCGAUAUUGAGUUUACUGUCACCCACCCAGGCCUUAUAGUUUUUGUUGUUGCCAAAUUUACGUUCAAGGCCAUGUCACGCAAAAGGGAGCUGCUCCAGGCAGCGGUCGUCAAGCAGAGCCAACCGCCCACGUUCGGUUCCUUCCACAAGCAAGCGGAGCUGAUGAAGAUGCUGCCUCUGGUGCCCAAUUUGCGGGAGAUUUACAACAUGUUCGACCCCUCCAAAUCUACUGGCAUUUCAGAGGCCGAUUUGGGCUACUGCCUGCACGCCAUGGGACUAGCUCCGACCCAUUCAUGGCUGAAGGACAACCUGCCGCCGAUGGGCCGGAGAUGGCUGAGCUUCGAGAAGGUGCUGACGCUGUACUGCAAACUGGCCGUUGCUGAUGGGCAGCCCAAGAUGGGGGACGUGUUGGAGGCCCUGCGGGCGUGGGACGUGAAGAAAACUGGCAAAAUAGCUUACUCGGAGCUGCGGAAAAUGCUCACGACUAUGGGCGACCCCAUCGACGAGACCCAUGUCUUCGGCGUGCUCGCGUCCGUGUCGGACAUAGAGGGCAACGUCCACUACGAGGAUCUCGUGGCGAACAUGCACAUCCACGAUGCGAAGGCCGCCGAGACGCUGCGCCAGGCGCGCAACUAUCUCCAGGCCCUGGGCCGCAACGCCGUCGACAUGGACAUGACCAAGCGGGACGAGUUCAUCGACGACCUGCGCAGGGCAGAUCCCCAGGGCAAGGGCUAUAUCGGGAGCAGCAAGCUGCUGGAGCUACUCAAUCGCAGUGGCAGCUCGUUCACGGCGAAGGAGCUGGACAUCAUUAUCGACAGCAUAAAGUGCAAUGCAAGAUCCGAUAAGGGCAUCGAUUAUCGCCGAUUUUUGCGCUACAUCAUGGACACAUAGCUAGGAGCGGUCCGAGGAUCUGCAGAAAAUUUUCUGCAAAUUUCUUAUAUUCGGCAACAGCGAAAUGUGUACAUUUGUUGAUCGUUUCUUCUUUAAAUUAAAACAAAACUUAAAAAAGUGUCUUCCCUUGAGAAGAGAAUAAGACCAUGCCAGCAUGUGGGACAUCCCACUUCAUCCGACUUGUCCGGGCAGUCCUUUUCGCUGUCACAGCGCCAGUAGGCGGGUACGCAGUCCUUGUUCAUGUCACUAUUCCCCGCCACUGGGGCCGCGCACGUGAAAUGACCCACAGGCCGUAUACACGCCGCGAGAACAGACGUCGCGCGUGCUGCGUGCCACCC